UCUAGCUGUGAAAUGUAAUUCAUUUCCAUGUCAUUCCAAAGCCAUAUGUCAAGAUACGGCAACCUCACAUACAUGCACUUGUAGAUCUGGCUACAGCGGAGACGGCACGGAAAAUUGUUUUGGUGAGUAAUAUUAUAGAAGUGUUGUUAAUGGAGUCAAAUCACUUGAUGAAAAAUUAAUUUUUGAAAUCUAGUGUCAGUCUAUGAUGGUUUGUUUCUAUAGUAUCAACUAUGUAUUCUUUGCCAAUUUCUUACGUUGCUUUGUAGAUGCUGACGAGUGCCUGGAGGAUUCUGGUAUUUGUAAAGCAGGAUAUAAAUGUCAGAACACCGCUGGUUCCUAUACCUGCAGACCAGGUAAAUAACAAAAUUCUCCAACUCAAUGCGCUGAUCUGCAUCAGACGUAUGCGGACUUUAGUAAUUUAAAGCCUGGUUGCAAAUUGCAAUAACAUUGUUGCUCGUAGUACUGUUGCAUAGUUGAUAUAUGAAACGCAAUCUCAAAAAUUAUUCUGGGUUUUUUUUCUCGCUUUUUAUCUCAAGGUGUGGGAUAUCGUUGUCGGUUGAGAAUCGUCGCCAUUUUUACAAUAGAUUUGUAUGACAGAUAUAGUGUGACGUUCAUACUCUAUCGAACCAGACUAAGAAGUGCGGUGGGUCGUCGUUUUGUAUAUUUUGCAGAUUGCAUCAAAAACAGAAACUUAAUUGAUGAAAUUUAAUACGUUCAAAAUUAUUCCAAAUAAUCCAGUUUCAAAUCUAUAAACUACAACCUGCUGUAUACAGCUAUUUCAAUUAAGGUUGUCUCCCGAGCAAAGCGGAAAAGUCGAAUACGAGCGCGAAAGGCUGCUGGUAUUCGCUAAUAAAUGAAUGAAUUUUUUAGCGAUUCCCAGCAGCCUUUCGCGCUCGUAUUCGACUUUUCGGCUUUGCUCGGGGGACAACCUUAAUUGAAAUAGCUGUAUAUUUCUGACAGCUAGAAUUUUCUUCCAUCAGAAUUUUUUUCCACUUCUGGUUUCUUCCUGAAGUAACACCGAACCAAGAAGGUUUACAUCCCUGUGAUCAAACCAUAACUCUUGUGGCAUCCUUCGCAGUUUUCACGCAUAUAUUUUUAUCCCUCUCAUAUUUUUUAUAGUGUAACAGAGCCUAUAGUAAUAAUCCGCAAUAUAUUGGUAUUAUCGUCCACGGAUUCAGGUAAAUACAGCUUUUCAUCUUUUAUCCAGCCUGCCAACCAGCCAGAUGCCGGCAGUUAGAUUGCCUGCCAUGCAGCGAGAUCUGCAAGCCAUGCGGGCAGUUGUCGGUCGGUCAGCCUGGCAGCCAGCAAGCCUCGGUCAGCCUACUAGCGAACCAUGGAGCCAGAUAUCGGUUGGUUGGUUGGUUAUCAACCUAUCUGUCCAUGCAUGUAUAAUUUAUUUAUUUAUGUAUUUAUUCAGUCCUGGCAGCGUUAAUGCAAAUGUGACAGUACUUUUCAAGGAGCCAACAACAGCACCGCUAGAAGAGAUUGAACAAGCCGUUUCAAAUGGAACGUUUGGGGAUCUUAAUGUGUCUUCAGUCGUUCCCUUGCCUUCAGGUAAAUUUUAACUAUUGUUAUCAUUCAGUCGGUCAUUUGGUAAGUCGGUCGGGGAAUCAGUCCGCCAGUUGGUUGGUAGCUCUGUGACUAGUUAGUUAGUUAGUUUAGUCCACCAGUCAUUCACCGAUUGCAAUCAUUAUAAAUCAAUCAUACUUUUUAUUUUUUCUUAGAUGACGAUUCAAGUUUUUUUGGUAGGUCCAUUUUUAGAAUUUUUUUGUUCUUUCUGGGUACGUUGGAUGUUGAGUGAAAUAUGCAGUGAAUUUGUUGUUUUUAAAUAGUUUUGAAAGAAGAUGUGAAAACGGUGAAAUAUUUAAUACAGGCAGUCAUGAUUGUUCUUCCAGUGUCGAUCCUUAUUGCGACCUGUUUGUUGAUUGCAGCAUUGGUCAAAAUGUAAGUAAACGUUUUCGACCAAACCUUUGAUCAUCUGAGUUGCCAAAUUCCGAAGGAAAUAUGUCCGCGUGGGGAACGAGACCACUGAUAUUCGCCCCCCCCCCCUAGUUUCCUGAUCAGUGAGGCCAAAUAUCCUAGGAAACAGGGAAAGCGAGGGGGGGGAGAUCAAGUUUAAGAGGGACCAAAUUGGUACAAUGGAACUAACGUGAAUUAAAACAUUCCUCCUUAGAUACACUACACCAAAAACACCACCAAGAUCAGUGGAAAAAAAUUCUUAUAGUAUGUAUAAUACAAUAACUACACCGUCUCGACCUGGUGAUAGAUCAAACAUGAUGAGGUUCUAUUAUUACGAACGAGAUGCUAUUUUUAAUGAUUAAAACACCGAUAAUAUUUAUGAACCAUGCACAGUCAUAUCUCUGUAAUACUUAAGCAAGCUGGCAUUGCUUAUAUAUUAU